AUGCGCCCAAUAGAUGGGGUAAUCACCUUGCCCCCAAUAGACCCCAAUCGGGUGUUACAGCCACAUCAAAACGCCCUCAUUCUAACACUAGGGAUCAAUGAUUUUGAUGUAAGACAGAUUUUAGUUGAUCCAGGCAGUUCAGCUGACCUGUUACAAAUGUUCACAUUUAAACAGAUGGGGUUCCCAUCAUCAACUCUGGAAAAUCCUAGGCGAAUACUAUCAGGAUUUAACAGAGCUUCUACCACAUCUCUGGGUGAUGUCAUGUUGCCCGUCCAAGCCGGGCCAAUUAUCCUGAACGUACAAUUUUUUAUGGUUGAAGACUUGUCCUCAUUCAAUGCCAUCAUGGGGCGCACAUGGCUACAUGGCAUGAAGGUUAUUCCCUCUACAUAUCACCAAAUGGUGAGUUAUCUAACCGAAGACGGACAGAUCAACCUUUAUGGAAGCUAG